ACGGGCCGGGCCGAGGGCCAGCGAACGGGCGGCCGCCGCCUCUGCGCGCCCCGCGGCCGGGGCUAGGCCGUGCGGCGGCGGCGCUAGGGGAUGCUCGUGCUGGGCCGGGCCUCUCCCUUCUUAACUUAGGGCGGCGGCGGGCCCGCGCCCCUGGCUCCCAGGCCAUGGCGCUGAGGGAGCUCAAAGUGUGUCUGCUGGGGGAUACAGGUGUGGGUAAAUCAAGCAUUGUGUGGCGGUUCGUGGAAGACAGUUUUGAUCCGAACAUCAACCCAACAAUAGGGGCAUCUUUUAUGACCAAGACUGUCCAGUACCAAAAUGAACUGCAUAAAUUCCUCAUCUGGGACACAGCUGGACAAGAACGAUUUCGUGCCUUAGCGCCAAUGUACUACCGAGGCUCAGCUGCAGCUAUAAUUGUUUAUGACAUCACGAAAGAAGAGACAUUUUCAACAUUAAAGAAUUGGGUAAAAGAGCUUCGGCAGCACGGCCCACCCAAUAUUGUAGUUGCCAUUGCAGGAAAUAAGUGUGAUCUUAUCGAUGUAAGAGAGGUCAUGGAGAGAGAUGCCAAGGACUACGCCGACUCCAUCCAUGCAGUCUUUGUAGAGACAAGUGCGAAGAACGCGAUAAACAUAAAUGAACUCUUUAUAGAAAUUAGUCGAAGAAUUCCAUCCACUGACGCUAGCCCACCUUCUGGCGGAAAGGGCUUCAAACUCCGCAGACAGCCUUCGGAGCCAAAGCGGAGCUGCUGCUGACCGGGCCUCGGCCCCCCGGGCUUCCCGAUGAAGUAGGUGAUCCUGACAGGUCUCGGGAGGGCUGGGCCCCGCCUCCGGGGGUCACCUGCCAGUCUUGGAUCUUCUUCGGGCAACAAGGAUUCACAGGAAUUGACCGGUUUCGUCUCCUCUUUGGAGACUGCAGCAAUAAUACGUCAGUCUGUGGACUUCCGUCCUGUAAAGAAUCUCUGUGUACACAGGGACUGCAUCGUUGGCUCCUGAUCUUGCUGAGAAGGAAUGUACAGUUGUGUGGAUGGUAGGAUGAGAUCAUUGAGUAGCUUUGUAGUCAAGAUUCUAUGUCACAUUUGUAAAGGGAAAAUUAGCACUUUCGUGGUUCUUGAGGAAAAAAAAAACAGCCUUGUGGAGACAUUCCUUCCCUUGGUUUCCCAUUGCCACUGUUAGAGGGAAUGGUAGCAUUUAGAAUGUGUGCACUUACCACCGUGGAGAGAUGGCAGUUAGGAUCGUCUGAAGUUGACGUGGGUUGUUUCUGGGGCUGAUGGAGAAGCACCCACGCCUGCCGUCUCUGACGCACUUUCCAUUGGGCGCAGCAACCCAGGACCCUGUCGCAUGCGUGUCCCCAGGCACGUCACUGGCACCUUUUUAGGUAAGCUCUGAUGAUCGAGAUGGUGGUGGUAGAGAGGCUGCCUGGAACAUGUUGAAUUGCAGAUUCAGUUUAAACUGACUAGCCAUGUUUUCCAAAAGAAGAGAGGAAGCCCAGAAAGUGGAGUAAAUGCUGUCUGUUUUUUAUUUAACCAAGCUGUCUUGGUGGGGGAAACAGUUAUCUGCAGCUUGCUUAGCACAUGUAAAGUUGUAGUCAUAUAUUUAUGAGACCACUGCUUACAGAUUAUAAAUUAUGUAAAUACAUUAAUAAAUUCUAUGUUUCGUUUA